AUGGGAAACACUAAUAUUGACGAAGAAACCGCUGGACAGUCAGGAGUCACUGUCGCCGUCGCCGAGGGCGCUGGCGAUGCGAACCCUAAAAAGUCUCUCAGCUAUCGGUUCUGGAUAGCAUUUUGGGCCAUCGCCUUCACAAACUUAGCGGCUGCAUAUGAUUCUACCACUUUAGCAGUGGCCUUGCCGGCGAUAUCUAUGGACCUUGGAGGCUCGUCCAUAGAGGCAUUUUGGACCGGCACUUCAUACCUACUUGCAACAACCAUUUUGAUGUUGAUAUGGGUCACACUAAGCGAUGCAUUCGGCCGCCGCUUAAUUAUUACCAUAGCAUUGCUGAUAUUUGCUGUGGGCGCUGUUGUCUGCGCCAUUGCGCAUAACUGGACCCAAAUGCUCACCGGACGAACGGUUCAGGGGAUCGGAGGAGGCGGAAUUAUCGCCAUGACAACUGUUAUAAUCACGGAUAUGGUGCCUUUACGUGAAAGGCCGAAAUUAUUUGCAUGCAUCAGCGCUGUGUGGGCAGUGGGGAGCACCACAGGCCCAAUAAUUGGCGGAAUUCUGGCGCAGAGAGGAGCCUGGCAGUGGAUAUUUUGGCUGAACCUCCCUAUAGUCGCAAUUUCGAUGGCGGGAAUCGUCCCAUUUCUGAGACUAUCUAGCCGCUCACGGACUUUGUCUGAAAGACUUGCGUUAUUCGACUUUCCAGGAUCAGCAUUAAUGAUUGCAUCCCUCACAUCUUUCCUCAUUCCGGUAACUUGGGGUGGUGUGCAAUACCCCUGGGAUAGUUGGCAUACUCUGGUACCAUUGACACUCGGAGCGGUAGGCCUCGGUGUGUUCGGUACAUACGAGUUCCUUGCCAGGUCAUGGACUGGGAAGAGAGUGGUGUUUAUACCCCCAACUGUCUUCAGAAACCGAUCUGUCGGCAUUCUAUAUGCUGGUAGCGUUUUCCAUGGCCUCGUUCUCUACAGCCUGGUAUACUACUUGCCAGAGUAUUUUCAGUCAGUAAAAAGCUAUACACCUCUAAUCUCCGGGGUGUUAGGCCUACCACAAACAGCAACUAUUGUCCCAUGCUCUGUUAUCGUGGGAGUCGCGGUAGGAAAAACUGGUAAAUACCGCUGGGCGAUAUGGGCCGGCUGGACGCUGACAUGUUUGGGGCUCGGGAUUCUUAUUCUCCUGGGUAUACAAACAGCCGUUAUACAAUGGGUAUUCCUUGCAGCAGUAUCUGGCUUUGGAAUCGGUUUGCUAUUCCCAUCCGUCCCUCUAGCGAUUCAGGCAUCAGUACCUCAGGAGGAUGUUGCCAUGGCCGCUACGCUUGUACAGUUUUUCCGGUUUUUAGGACAAACCCUUGGUGUUGCAAUGGGAGGAGCAAUUGUCGACAACCAAUUACGGAGAAAUUUGGUAAAGGCAGGCUUACCCGAGCAGCCAGCGUCGCUUCUAAAGCUGAUAAGGAUACUCAAAGAACUUCAGCCUGACACUACUUUAGCCAUUGCCCUGAAGGGUGCGAUGUCAAAGUCAUUCCGGACCAUUUGGGUUGUUAUGUGUAUUUUUUCUGCGGCAAAUCUUUUGCUAAGUUUGUUCGUUGUGGAGUAUAGUUUAAACCAGGAGCACAGGACAGAGCAGCGCUUCAUACACGAAGAGGGUGAGCACGUUGAUUCAAACAAGGACUCAGGAGCGGCAUCAUCAAGCCCAGUGCCCAGCAGCCAGUAG